AAAGAAAUGAAUAAUUCUGACAGAGAACAAACAAGAGGCAAGGAAACAAGUGAGGAUUUCAUGGAGCAAUUUGCCUUGAAAACAAACCUUCUCGCAACAACAUCAAUUGAAAUUAUCAACAUGGUGCAACAAGCACCGGAAGUUGUGAUGGAGAAUGACAGUUUCAAAAAGAUGCAAGAAGCAGCUAGGAGUAUUUUAGGACUGACGGGUGAGCUUAGUUCCGAUAGAGUGACAAGUAAUGCAGCAAGCCAGAGAGAAAUGCAUUGGGACGAUGACUUUUGGUCCAACGAAAACAAUAUAUUGACAUUCAUAAAGGCUGAGAAUGCAUUGGUCAAAAGAGCAGAGUACAAAAAGAAAAUAACUGAGAUUCCAAGUUUCAGUCUAGGGAUGACACAAGAAACAGAGAACACAGGAAUUGAGAGCACCCGAGAGAGGGAAGAGGAAAUGUGUGAAGAAGCGGAACUUGAUGGACAUCUGCACCAGAAUGAGGAAAUGCUAUUGAUCAAAGAAAUAGUGGAAUCUGAAGGAGGGAAAAAGCCAAAGAGAAUGACCCGGGCCUCAUAACUAUUGAAGUCACCCUACAUGAACAGAGUUGUUGCUGCUAGGGACAGUUCAGGAGCACUUAGAAAGGGCAGCAACAUGAUGGG